AUGGAGCCAGCGGCUGUGCUGCAGCAGCUGCAUGGUCAUGUGGACACUUGGGAUGCAGUGCAGGACGAGCUGCUCCUUAGGGUCCUGCAGUCCAUGCGAGAUGGCAUGCUCAGGCGAGCCGAACAGACCGAGAAGGGUUUGGAAGCCGCAGCGCGGCGAGCAGAUGCUGUAGGCUUCCAGCUGCGGGCAGCCAACUGCGGCCUGGAACUUUUGGCGCAGAGCCAGUUCCUGGAGCACCGGAUCGAGCCGGAGGAAUGUGCAGAGGUUAGUGUGGAAGAGGCAGCGGAGGACUUGUGGCCCGAGGACGAACCGCCGCCAGAGUCGGAGAUGGACGCCAUCCGGCGAGCGUUGGACUUGGGCCAGGGCGGCUUGAGCGCUGCCCAGGAGGAGUGGUCUGCGCUCCCGGCGGUGGUGGGGAGCGAGGCCUGGCAAGCGGUGGCGACGACCGCAGCACCGUCCCUGGCGGAGUUCCUGAACGAAGCACCGGAGGAGACGGUGCCGGAGACAGAGGGGCUAGAGGGGAGUGCCGCGGACAACCAGGAUGCGCCGGAGGAGGAGUGGCAGGCGACGGAGACGCAUCAUGUCAGAUUUGAGCCGGCGGAAGGCGAGAGCGAGGCGCCGGCGCCGCGCCUGGCGAGCGAGCCGAACCUCGCGAGCCAGCUAAACGCCUUGCUGGCCGCCCGGGGCGGACCGUUGGGCGACAGCGGCCCGGGCAGCGGUGGCCCCACCAGCCCGACAGCGGAUACAGCGCCGGUGCUGGCAACGGCGGGCACUGGAGCGCCCAAGGGCAAGGACAAAGGCAAGGGCAAAGGCAAGAGCAAGGGCAAAGCUCCGCCGGUGCCGGCGGGCUCUGGGAACCUCUUCGACGCCCCGCUGGGCCCGCUGCAGGCACCCUUGCAAGCUUCUUCGAAGGCGUCUCCUGCAAGCUCCAGCUCCCUCUUUGACGACGAGCCCUUCCAGGUGCCGCGACCGGCGAAGGCAUCGCCCGCCAAAAGCGCUGGGUCCCUCUUUGAUGAGGCGCCCUCAGCUUCGAAGGGCUCCUCUCUUUUUGACGACGACGGCUUCGACUUCCCGACCAAAGCUGGCAGCCGAUUGCCUGCCAGGGACGAGGAUCCGCUCUUCAAUGACGAGGCUCCCGCAAGGCCGAAGCCAGCACCAAGCAAGGCAGGCGGACUCUUCGGGGAUGAUGCCCCAAAGCCAAAGGCUGCUUUGGCAAACCCGCUGGGCAAGGCAGGCGGACUCUUCGAGGAUGAUGCCCCAAAGCCAAAGGCUGCUUUGGCAAACCCGCUGGGCAAGGCAGGCGGACUCUUCGAGGAUGAUCCCCCAAAGCCAAAGGCAGGUGGACUUCUACAGGAUGAUGCUCCAAAGCCAAAGGCUCCUUUGGCCAACCCGCUGGGCAAGGCCGGCAUCGCCGAAGAAGCCAUUCCGAAGGCGGCAUCCCAGCCCACAGGCACAGAGGCAGACGGUGCAAGGCACACGGAUGCCCUCACUGUCAUGUACUGCAACAUCACCUCGGACUGCAGGUUGGAUGGCGUGCUCCUGCAGGAGCGGCUCGGCCGGCUGCGGGGCAUGGCGCGCACCAACUUGCACCUGGCGAUUUGCAGCUUGGUGUAUGUUGGCAUCAACAUUUGCACACUCGUGAUGAAUUCCAUGGAUGCCGACUUUCGGCGCGAUCACAAGCUGCUCUUCCACCGCACGGAGUUCUGGGCUACCUUCUUCUUCGCUUGCCUGCAAGUCUACGCCUUGGUCGGCUGCCCCAGGCAGCUGCAAGACAUUUUCCGGCGGCCUUUCACGGUGAAGUGUGUGAUGGUGCUGAACGUGGUAGCCACACUGGUGCCCGCGGGCCUAGUCACAGUGAGCCUGGACUACUUCGAGGUGUGCUCCCACGAGGUGGAGUACAGCAACGAAAUCACCAUGGCCAUUCUGGACAUGAUAUUUGUCUACAGCCUGGUGAAGAAGCAUUCCUUGCGGGAGAGUGGUUUACUCUUCCAAUUUGCCGCGACGGUCCUGACGCUGGCCAUUGCCGUGAUUCAGCUGGGCAUUUACAAUGGCCUGGGCGGCACUCACGGCGGGCCCGGUGAGCAGCUUGCGCACUACUUCGAGUUCGUCUUCGAGGGCUUUAGCGGCUUCAUCAGCUUCCUCUUCUGCAUCGAUUGCAAGCCCCUGGGCCAAAGGUGGUUAAGCACUGAGCACCGCACCGCAUCUGGAUGUUAUUUCUGUCCGCUGGAUGUGGACCUUCGUUCAACAGCGGCAAGGUACUUUGAGGCGAAACCAUGA